UGUGACUAAUAUGGGUCUUCUUAAGUAGUUAUUGUAAAUGAUUCAAAGAUGUCAUCAAAUAUGCUAUCUACUUGCCGUAUUUAUUUAUACGCAUAUUAUGAAUGACGCAAGAGCUCUUACGUGUGCGUUGUAAAGAACGGAUACAUGUAUUGUGCUCCGUGAAAAGACUGAUUUACGUGCUUUUCUUUGUUUGUACAUAACGCACAGAUCUGAUUACCGUUUGAAAACAAAAUCUCUACGUAAUCUAAUGACUGUUACACCGCUUCCACUAUCUUCAUUUCCUUCAUGGGCAUUAACCUGUUUGUGCUCGAUACUAGUGAUUUGCUUAAUUGUAUGCAGGAACCAUAUUUCGUUUGUUUCUGGCCCAACAACAGUUGAAAUGGCAUUAUGCAACACAUUAUGAGAAGAGUUUUUACAUUCCUACUUAUUGUGCUCCCUUUCACAGCUUCAAAAGAUGCUUCCAUUACAGAGGGUUCUAGCAAAAAUCCAGUCCAAGAAUGGGAUGAUCCACUCCUUUUGCUCUCAACACUGGAUGGCUCCUUUUAUGGAGUUGGACAGAAAACAGGAUACAUCAGAUGGACACUGAAGGAUGAACCUGCUGUAAAAGUGCCUGUGGAUACUACAAAAGCAAUCAUACCUCUGUUCUUGCCAGAUCCUAAAGAUGGCUCAUUGUAUGUGUUAGGAAGCUCAGAGAGAGAGGCUCUUAAGAAGUUACCUUUCACCAUACCACAGUUGGUUGCAUCAUCGCCAUGUAGGAGUAGCGAUGGCAUUCUGUACACAGGGAAGAAAAUAGAUACAUGGUUUGCCAUGGAUCCAAAUACAGGAGUCAAACAAGAGAUUUUAAGUUUCAACAAAGCAGAUAAAACAUGUCCAUUAGAUUCCUCUGACUUUAUAUUUAUAGGAAGAUCUGAAUACAACAUAAUAAUGUUUGACAGUAAACAAAAAGAAAGAAGAUGGAAUGUCACAUUUUAUGAUUACUCCUCAAAUGUAAUGGAUGCUGAUGCACUAAAUAAUUAUGAAUUUGUUCACUUCACUGCGAGCUCAACAGGACGUACUGUGAGUCUGGACCGGCGAGUGGGUACUCUCUUAUGGGAAGAAAAUUAUGGAUCCCCAGUGAUUGCCAUUUACCUGCUUCAGAAUGAGGGCCUUGUGUCUGUGCCAUUCACAAUUGUUGCAGAAGAGACUUUGGAUCAUUUAGUGACACAAUUUACAUCCUCCUCAGACCAGAUCAGAGUCAGCGAUAAAAUGAAGCUAUACCCGACACUUUAUGUUGGAGAACACCUUCAUGGGUUGUAUGCGCUUCCUUCUCUGGUUGAUCAAAACACAGUAACAAUAGGUCCAGCACAGACUGGUACUUUGCUUCUUGAAGGCCCAUCUCAAUUGCAAUCCCAUCACGAGCCAACACUGCAGUACCAUGGCAGUAGCAGUAGUUCAGGACUACCUUUGCCAGGUCAUAACGUGAGGCUAUCACAGUCCUCAAAUCAUGUUGACAUUCCAUUGACAUUUCAAAGUUUGCCAAAGGAAAAGAAUGACAUCACUGAACCAGUAAUACUCUUAGGCUACUACAAAGUACCAGAUUACACUAAAACUGUUCUUCAAAUAGCAGGAAGGUCUGAUAAAAUAAUUACAACUCCAGAAAGUCUUGUUAUUGUUGAUGACAAUGAAACAAGUUCUGAGAGAACAGCUGAAGACCUAGAAUCUGUAAAAAGUUCAGUUGAGACACUGGUGUCCAUGUUACAAAAUGAAGAAAAGCGAACAAACGAGAAGCAGAAUUUGGGAGCACAGGCUAAGGAACCAGGAGGAGCAUGGGAGAAGCUGGCAAGCAGCAACAUCACAUUCUAUUUAUCCAAAGAUUUCAUUACAUUUUCAUAUGGAACAGCCAAGUUAUGGUUGAAUCAACAGGAGAACAAGGGUCUCAAGUUGACACUCAUUGUGCUAGUUGGUUGCAUAUUUGCCAUGUUUUGGUACUACAAUGGUCAGGUACGAGAAUACCAGCAACUUUCGCAAGGUUCACAGUCCAGUAGUAGAUCAAUAUCAGGUGAUCAGAGCUUGGCAAUAUCUGCACUGGCAGAGGAUGUUGGUGGUGGAAAUGUCCAAGUUGGCAAAAUUACUUUCAAUACGAGUGAAAUACUGGGCAAUGGCUGUGAAGGAACAUUUGUAUUUAAAGGAAUGUUUGAUAACCGAGCCGUGGCUGUUAAGCGCCUGCUUCCAGAAUGCUUCACGUUUGCAGAUCGUGAAGUUGAUUUGCUUCGAGAAUCAGAUGAACAUGGGAAUGUAGUACGGUACUUUUGUAUGGAGCAGGAUAAACAAUUCCGCUACAUUGCACUUGAGUUAUGUGCUGCCACUUUGCAAGAUUAUGUUGAGGGGAAGUUCAUCUGCACCACACUUAGUGCUCUUGAAAUUUUGCACCAGUCAACAGCUGGCUUAGAACAUCUGCAUUCUUUGGAUAUUGUUCAUCGAGAUAUCAAACCUCACAACGUAUUACUGUCCAUGCCUAAUGCAAAAGGUGAAAUUCGAGCUAUGAUAUCUGAUUUUGGGCUGUGUAAGAAAUUAAAAUUGGGACGAAUGUCCUUCUCAAGACGAUCUGGCGUAGCUGGCACAGAUGGUUGGAUAGCUCCAGAAAUGCUCAAUGGUUUCAGCAGAACAACAUGUGCAGUGGAUAUAUUCUCUCUUGGUUGCGUGUUUCAUUAUGUCCUCUCAAAUGGUAAUCAUCCUUUUGGGGAUGCAUUGAGAAGACAAGGAAAUAUUAUCAGUGGAGAGUUCAGGCUCAGUGACUUACAAGGGGAAGAGAAACUACUUCAAAGAAUACUUGUGGAGCAGAUGAUUAGUUCAGAUCCAAUGGAACGUCCACCAGCAAGUGCUGUGAGAAUACAUCCCAUCUUUUGGAACAAGAAUCAGGUUCUGACUUUCUUCCAGGAUGUAAGUGAUCGUGUGGAGAAAGAUGACCAGGAGAGUCUAGUGUUACAAGCCUUAGAACAAGGAGCCCACAAUGUGGUCAGAGAUGACUGGAGAAAUGUGAUUGACUCAGAAGUAGCUCAGGAUCUCAGGAAAUAUCGUAACUACCGUGGUACAAGUGUAAGAGAUUUACUGCGAGCACUUCGUAACAAGAAACACCAUUAUCGUGAGUUGUCACAGGAAGCCCAGCAGUCUCUUGGUGAAAUACCCAAUAAAUUUAUUGAUUAUUGGACUCAGCGGUUCCCUCUACUUCUCCUACACACAUGGAUAACAAUGCAGUGUGUUAAAAAUGAACCAAUCUUCAGCCAGUAUUAUCAUAAGGAUUAUAUCUUCAGUCAGAGUUUGUAUGUAAAUGGUAGUAAAGAUGCAUGCAGUGCCUACAGUAGUGUAACACUGGCAGAUAAUAAACUUAAUGCAGUGCAGCAAUGGAUAAAAAUGAAACCUGAACCAGAUACUGCUAAGAGAGAUAAAACACAAAUCCCAAAUGACAUAAGUGAGCAACAAUACUUCAAACAGAAUAAUUUUAAAGCAAGAAAAGACAGUGAAAUGUCACCUAAUAUAAGAAGACGGAAUGAUAGAGGUGGAAACAGAAAAGAAAGUUCACCUAAGAGAUUUAGAAAUACUAGACGAGAUUCUUAUGCUUUAAAGUCUGAAAACUGGAGAGCUGAAGAUGAUCCUACUCGACAUUUGUAUCAGAAAAUAGAUCUUGCCAGGGCCAGAGAUAAUGUUAAUAUAACAGAUCAACCAAGACACUUGCAUAACACCCAGUACAGUAGAGACUCUCCAGAAAAUCUUGUUUUAUGGAGAGAUGUGGGGAGACAAACUGACACUAGAAAAACCCUUGAAAUAACUGGUACUUACGAUACUCCAGAUUUUAUACAUAGACCAGAACUGAAGCGAACAGACUGUUCUGAUCUGAAGCCAAGCGAAAUUUUUCAGACAGAGAACUCAUUGCCCGUAGCUGUAGAUUAUGAGAAGCAAGCUCUGCCUUCAUUUAGGCAACAAUACAAACAGCUAAAGAAUGACGAUAGAAAUCAGACAGUUAAGAAGCAUCACAGGCAUAAAUCAGCAGAAGCCACUGCAGUGUGGACAUUACCCAAGUCUUUACCUCCCACAAGUGACUGACAGAAUAUUGAAAACAGAACAUAUUUAUAAUCAGAGUUAUGCUAAUUUGGCAGUGGUGCUUGUAGAGGCUGCAGCAUUAAAGGCAGUGACCACUACAAUAGCAUUUCAGUGUACCCUACUACAGCAGCAUGUUUGAUUUGUGUAACAUAAUGGCUGGUAAAGCAUUUACUCAUAAUGAGGAACUGAAACUGGUAGACUUGGAAGAGGAUUCUUAUACAGUGAUAUUUUUCCCCUUUAAAUUUUAAUAGAAAAGCAUAGAGAAAUAAAUGUUGAUGCUCUUAUAACUAAUUUUAUUUAUUCAUAGUUUAUUUAAUGAAACUUUUUCAGUAACUCAGACUGUAUAGUGUUGAAUUAGAGAAUGAUAGUGAAUAAUGAAUUGGAAAGGAUGUGGCAGAAAGUGUUCAUGGCCUAAUUUAAGGCACUAUCCUGGCAAUUGCCGGGAUGUACUAAGGAAUAUCACAAAAACCCCAGUUAGAAUACCAGGUCUCCGUGCCGAGAUUUGAACCUGGGACUUCCCAAAUAUGUUAACCACUUGACUACAAUGUUCAGUUCAUAUAACUCUUGUAAACCUGAAGAAAAUCUGAUGAAAUUUAAAAAUAUAUGCCUAAGAAUGGCACAUCACUUUCAGUUGGGGGGAGGGGGAAGAUGAUUUUAUUCUGAUUAAAUAUUGGUAGUUUCCCUCUUCGUGCUGUUUCUAGAAAAUAUUACAAAUUCUUAUUCUUAAUCUUUUCCUGUGAUGGCAGAUGAGUUAUUUCCUUGCCCUAUUCUUUGCUUUCACAGCACCCAUGUUCUGAAUCCACAUUAUAACUGGGAAUGGCUACCUUCUGCAGCACUAGCUAAACUUGUCUACUAUGUCUGACACUGCAUUUAGUAGUUGCAGGUUUACUGCAUUAGUGGAACCAAACCUUAAGGCAGUGGAAGUAGGCACAAAUGAGGUUAUGGUACAACAGCAGAAUUGAAAGAAAAAUAUCUGCCAGCUUUGCUAUUUAGUUUAUACUCACGUAGUUUUAUGACCAAUUCUUUUUUGGGGGUAUAAAUAUAGUAGGAUGUGUAUGUGCAUACGGAAAUGAGGAAAGGAAACAGCUGUGUUGGACCAGCAUGUUUUAGUGAGUUUUGAGGUUAAGUGCAGUUGGGAGAGCUAGCUUGGUAAGUGAUUAGAUCCAGCCCAGAUGGAUAUACAAGCUAUUAUGUAGUUAACAUAAGUGAUUUUAGGAACAUGGAUGUGUUGUGGGGUGUUCUGCAGUUUUGUAGAUAUUGACCGAUGUUUCAUAGGAACUCAAGACAGUAUCUACAUGGCACAGCAUCCCAGAUUACAGCCACUUGCUAAAACACUUUUUACUGGCAGACAGUUAAAUAUUUACAUGUAAAAUAACAGUGCAUAUAAACAUUUGAUUGUCCACCAGUGAAAAAUGUUUCACAAAGCGAGCAAGUUUCAAAUAUUUUUUUUAAAGAUGCUGAGUGAUAAACUGAGCAUUGUUUUUGUUGCACCAUCACAAAAGUGGCACAAUGCAAAUCUGCAGGUCAGUUGACUAGAUGUUUUAUGGUAAAAUUAACACAAUGUGUGAAUACCAAUGAUCAGACAUUAAUAGAAGAUAAAUGUAUAAUAGAAUAUCCAAGAAUGAAUUGUUUAGGCUAAAGAAAGAAACAGUCAUGGUUUUUUCUAGCUUGGGAAUUUACAGAAAUCACUACUGAAGGGAUGAAAUUCCAGUGAAUGCACUGCCUUGUUUUAGUUUUGUUACUACACCAUGAAAUUCAAGUAAUGGAAUAUGUAGGAGAAAGCUUGAAUUUUACCUUAAAUACUUUUAGUCAAACAUUUUUAAAUAUUGUGUUUCUGUGUGCAUGCACAUGUGGAAUUACAAAAUGUAGUUUUAUAUAUUGUGAAGGAGCUGUAGAAUAUUUUCAGUUGUAACUCUCUCAUUAGAGUGUUAUAUUUUUUAACCAAGCCUUUCCACCUCUUGUUAUAUGCAACUAGUGUUAUCCCAAUUGGUGCAGUGCACAUUAUGUUCUCAAGGGACUUUCAUACAUGUUGAAUGAUGCAGCAACAGUUAUGCUAAUUUGUUAUUAUGUAUGAAGUGACUGUUUUAUGGGCAUGCACUAUUGUCAUUCUAUACAAAACAUGUGCAUCAGUAAAUGUGUAUUGUCAUAGUGUUCCAGAUGUAGUGAUUUUUAUAUGUAUUUUUCUAGCAUGUGUUUGUGUACAUGUUAAGUAUUAUGACUGUGAUAUUUUUAAAAUGUAAUAUUAAAUAAAUUCAUACUCUAUUAAAAAGUAUGUAAACCCACAAAAACAAAACACUGAUAAUUGGUCCAGAAAUGGGGCUUAUUUUCACAAUGAAUGUACAACUUCAGGCUCCUAUGCAUAUAUUUUAUGUUAACAGUAAAUGUGACUGAAUUGAAUGAUAAUGUAACAUAGUUGUAUAUUACAUAUUAUUGAACGAAAAGACCACAAUUAUAUAUCUGUUGAAUGUUGUUACAAUUUAUAUCAGUUUCAAUAAAUCUCAGUUUUAAGACUA